AUGGCCUUAGCGCAGCCACCAAGCCUCGAACCCAAGCUCGAGCAAUUGAACAUCUCAGACUCUACACAACAUGACCUGCGUUCGAAGCUAAAAGGCGUUGUUGACACUCGGUACAACGGCCAAGUCGUCCAUUUCAGAGGCAUACCAUACGCAACCAUCCCUCAGCGGUUCUGCAAGCCAGAGAUAAUAAAAGACUUCCCGGGUAAAAAUGUCGACUACACAAAAUUGGGACCUCGUUGUCCGCAGAUACCCUUUGAUACUCGAGACUUUAUGCAGAUACCAAAGACAAUCGCCGAGGAUCAGAAGCCAGAUGAGGAUGAGCUCAAGUGCACGAACUUGAACGUGACUUGCCCGACCGCUAGCACCGCGAACAAGCUACCUGUUUUCAUGUGGAUAUAUGGUGGAAGCAUGACAAGUGCCUAUGGAAACGCGCAGCAGAGGCUCGGCGACCCAGGACCAUUUGUUGCUCAAUCAGUAGAGCUCGGAAAACCAAUCAUCCUCGUCACGAUACACUACAGGUUAAAUAUCUUCUCGUUUGGUAAUGGUGAGGGAGAGGUCAAUCUAGCUCUACAGGAUCAGAAAACUGCUCUGAAGUGGGUUAAGAAGAACAUAAGUAAAUUUGGAGGUGAUUCCAACAACAUUACUGUUGGUGGGGAAUCUGCAGGUGCUAUCUAUACACAUGCGCUUCUUGCAUCUGGAGCUGAGUUCGAGCGAGCUAUCCUACAGUCUGGCUCAUUAUUCACCUCACCACCACAACCAGAUAGAGCGGGAUUUGGCCUGGUAGGUCUAAUAGACGGCAAUCUCCAGCUUAUGGAAUUUGACAAGGGCAAUACAAGUGGUUCAUUUGGACCUGAGUCGAGUGUCACAGGUGCACCAGUCAAGGACCUUAUAAAGUCGCUGCAAGACCUUCAGAUAACGAGGUUCUGGCUUUGGGAUGAGCCAGAACUAAAGGGCUGGCACGACGAUGCUCGUACAUUCGGCAAGCUAAAAGGACUGGUGGUUGGUGACACAGCUCAUGAGUGGGUGUUAUGGCAUGGCGCUUUCCGUAAAUUGAGUGCUAAGAAAAUUCGUCAAUGCUUCGAGACCAAGAUCAGUGGCCCUGAGGUCGGAGCACGACUAGCCAAAGCAUAUGGAAUUGACAAGCUAGAAGAAGACCACGACACGGCCAGGCGUGAGGCACUUCAUUUCCUUGGGGACUGCAGGUUCUGUGCCUGGCCAUUUUCGAUCACGAAGAACGUCAAUUCUGCAGGUGGUAAGGUCUAUCAGUACCAUUACGACGAACCAAACCCGUUCCAGCCAAAAAAUAAAGCGAAGGCCGGCCAUGCUGUCGAUCUCUUUGCCUUGUUUGGAGGCUAUGAUGACGAGGACCAGUUGAACGACGAGACGAGACGUGUUGGUCGCAUGUUACGGACCAAAUGGAUUGACUUUGUUAACGGCGAGGAGCCCUGGGGUACAAACGAGACUUACGUCUUUGGACCAGGAGGCAUGACUGGAGCUAUCGAUAGAGAUUCGGGAGCUGCCGUACAUGAUCUAAAUCCACGAAGAAGACAAGCUGAGCUGGCCGUGAUACGAGAGGUGGGGUGGAAGGCGUGUAUGGAGGUCUGGCAGCGACUUUCUGCAGCGGCAGCAGAGAGUAACGCUGAAUAG